AUGAAUAGCCAACUGGUCAGCAUUUGCAGUGACCACUUUGGCUCCAGUCAGAAUGUGCCCACAGCAGAGAACCCAUCACCCGAAGCAAGUCCAACGCCCACGCAGAAACGCAGUUCAUUUGCGCAGAGGCUGGUUGAUAUCCCACUGUUUCGCUGUUUGGUUCCAGGGUGAGGUCUCCCAACAACGAGAGAAUUGACUGACGAAAAACCGAAUUGAAGGAAAUACUGAAGUAACCUUCAGUUCCUGCGCGACUAGUUCAUCUUUCUAUAUUCAUGGGAAAAGUGUGGCAACAACAGAUGUACCCCCAGUACUCAUAUUACUACCCCCGAUACCUGCAAGCGAAGCCACCUGUUGCCUCCUCCUCCCAGCCCAUGGCUCCGCCCAGCCCCAGCACCAACAGCAGCACCAACAACAGCAGUAGCUCCAGCACUGCAGGUUGGGAGCAACUCAGUAAAACCAACCUGUACAUCCGAGGCCUUGCCCCAGCCACCACCGACCAUGAUCUGGUCAAGCUUUGCCAGCCGUAUGGCAAAAUUGUAUCAACAAAGGCCAUCCUGGACAAGACAACAAACAAAUGUAAAGGUUACGGCUUUGUGGACUUUGACAGCCCUGCUGCAGCUCAGAAAGCCGUCACUGCCCUGAAGACCAGCGGGGUCCAAGCCCAGAUGGCUAAGCAACAAGAACAAGACCCAACCAACCUGUAUAUCUCCAACCUGCCGCUAUCAAUGGACGAGCAGGAGCUUGAGACCAUGCUCAAGCCCUUUGGCCAGGUCAUCUCUACCCGAAUACUGAGGGACUCCAAUGGAACCAGUAGAGGAGUGGGCUUUGCAAGGAUGGAGUCGACAGAGAAAUGUGAUUCCGUUAUCUCUCACUUCAACGGGAAGUUUAUUAAGACACCACCUGGAGUUACUGUGCCACCGGAGCCCUUACUGUGUAAGUUUGCUGACGGCGGGCAGAAAAAGAGGCAAAGCCAGUAUACAUUUUUGCAGAAUAGCCGUGCGUGGGCUAGAGACGGCGAUGCUAGACUGGCUGGAAUGACCCUCACGUACGACACCACAGCGGCUAUGCAAAACGGAUUUUAUGCGUCUCCAUACAGCAUCGGAAACAGGAUGAUUGCUCAAACGUCCAUGUCUCCAUAUCUCUCACCUAUCUCCACGUACCAGGUACAGAAUCCCUCCUGGGUUACUCACCAGCCCUACAUCAUGCAGCACCCAGGAGCGGUGAUAUCGCCCUCUAUGGACCAUACUAUGUCACUACAGCCUACAUCCAUGAUGAGCCCUCUCACUCAGCNUAUGAUGGCGGAGUUAGGAGUUGAGUCGGGGCUUAUACUAAGAGAACUCCCAUUCGGGAUGACUCACGGGUAA